AUGUCCACUGAGAAGCGAACUCUGCGUAUUGCCGCCGUCCAGGCUGAACCAGGCUACUUCGACCUCCAGGCAUGCGUAGAAAAGACAUGCCGUCUCAUCGAAGAAGCGGCCGGCAAAGGCUGCGAUCUGAUUGCGUUCCCUGAAGUUUGGAUUCCAGGCUAUCCAGGCUGGAUCUGGCACCGCGCAGUCGAUUUUGACAUGGUGCAACAGUACAUGAAGCACUCUCUGCGCCGCAACAGUCCGGAAAUGGCCAAAAUCGCCACCUGUGCUGGCAAGAACAAGAUUGCAGUGUCAUUGGGCUAUUCGGAGAACGACAACAACUCGCUGUACAUCGCCCAAUCUUUCAUCGGCAAAGAUGGCACUGUGAAGAUGAACAGGCGAAAGAUCAAGCCGACGCAUGUGGAACGAACUCUUUACGGAGACGGGAGCGGCGCAUCUCUGUUCAACGUUGUCGACGAGCCCGGAGUGGCCAAAAUCGGUGCAUUGUCAUGCUGGGAGCAUUCGCAGCCGCUGCUGCGCUACCACACCUACUCCCAAGGAGAAGAAAUCCACGUCGCAGCCUGGCCGCCUAUGAACUUCUUCGAGUCGUAUCCUCCAGGCUCGGCGCCUUACUCCAUGUGUCGCGAGGGCGCAAUCAACCUCUCCACCACCCACGCGAUCGAAGGCGCCUGCUUCGUCAUCGUCGCCUCAUCAAUCUUCGCCCAAAAAGGGAUCGACAGCUGGAAACUCGGCGAAGGCGACUUCUACCGCUCGGGCGGCGGCGGGUAUUCCUGCGUCAUUGGGCCCGACGGGCGCAAGCUCACUGAAGAUCUCGGAGAAAAGGAGGAGGGCCUUGUCGUUGCUGAUCUCGAUAUGGAUGAGAUCCCGAAGUUCAAGGCCGUGCUGGAUGUUCAUGGGCAUUAUAGCCGGCCGGAUUUGCUUUGGCUAGGCGUCGAUUAUCGCGAGAAGGCGCAGGUGCGUCCUGAGACGCAAGAGCUGCCGUCGAAGGUGGAGAGCUGAAGGUUUACGAGUCCUCAGAUGCAGGAUCUGCUCUUGAAGGUGGAGAGCUGAAGAUUUGUGUGGUAUUACAAUUUACAGAAGGCCGUCGCCUUCAAGUCUUCCCAGACUGGACAAAGAUGUCUUAAGACACUACGGUCGGAAGGGAAAAGUUUUGUUAUUUAUCACUACAGUAAGUCGUAUUUCGUAGAAACGAAAGUUUGCCAUGUCCUUUUGGAUUCCUAGCCUAAAGAUAAUAC